AAAAGUGCAUUUCUAAAUGGCUUACUUGAAGAAGAAGUCUACGUUGAACAACCACCCGGUUUCGAGGUAAAAGGUGAUAUUAAUAAGGUCUACAGAUUAAAGAAGGAGUUAUAUGGGUUAAAACAAGCACCGAGAGCUUGGUAUGACACCCUAUCAACGUUCCUAAUUAAAUGUGGUUUCACAAAAGGCCGUGUUGAUAAAACCUUAUUUAGAAUUCAAGAAACUGAUCACAUUUUAUUGGUACAAAUUUAUGUCGAUGAUAUUAUCUUUGGUAGUACUAAUAAAACUUUAUGUGAGAAAUUUUCCAAGCUAAUGCAGAAUAAGUUCGAGAUGAGCAAGAUGGGAGAGUUGAAUUACUUUCUUGGCUUACAAGUAAAGCAACUCAACGAAGGAAUAUUCAUCAAUCAGGCCAAAUACAUGAAAGAUCUCAUAAAGAAAUUCGGUCAAGAUGGAAAAUCCUCAAUCAAGAUCCCGAUGAGCACAUCUUUAAGAUUGGAUAAAGAUGAUGAAGGCAAGGACGUUGACGAAACAAAAUAUCGAGGAAUGAUUGGAUCAUUACUAUAUCUCACUGCAAGUCGACCAGAUAUAUCUUAUUCAGUGGGAGUAUGUGCUAGGUUCCAAUCAAAGCCAAAAGAAAGUCAUUUUCUUGCUACAAAGAAAAUCAUCCGAUACCUAAAAGGAACAGUCAAUGUGGGAUUAUGGUAUCCCAAAGAAGGUAAUUUUACACUAACUGGUUUCUCAAAUGCAGAAUUUGCAGGAUGUAAAAUCGAUCGAAAAAGUACCUCAGGGGCAUGCCAGUUCUUAGGGGGAAGAUUGGUAUCAUGGUUUAGCAAGAAGCAAAACUCCAUAGCUACAAGCACAGCCGAAGCUGAAUAUAUAGCUACUGGGAGUUGUUGUGCGCAAAUUCUUUGGAUGAAACAACAACUGAAAGAUUAUGGCGUGAACUGUGAAAAUGUCAACAUAUUGUGUGACAAUACAAGUGCCAUAGCCAUAACACACAAUCCCGUGUUACAUUCAAGAACAAAACACAUUGAUAUCUACAAAAUCUUACCAUUUAAGAGUUGA